AUGUUGUACACGAAAUCACAUCUCAAGUCUUCGCCACGAAAGUUCAUUCAAGGAAAUAAUUUUUCUUCGUCAUAUCGGAGGAAGAGUCACUAUAAGACACUCUCGGUUCCCCACAACGCGACCAAGAACCAGAUCAAGUCGAGUUACUACAAGCUAAGCAAGCUAUGGCAUCCUGACCUCACGAAAGAUCCAAGGGCGAAGGAGAAAUUCCAAGCGGUCAGUGAGGCGUAUAAUGUGCUGGGAGAUGAUAGGAAGCGGAGAGCGUACGACAGAACUAUCGUCGCUGCAGCAUCAAUACGAAACCCUUCAAACUCAUUCAAUGACGCAGCAUACACUAUGCACCCCUCGUACGAACGACGGCGAGGAGCUACUCAUGCGUGGGAGUACUCACGCCGGCCACGAUCAGGGCAGCACUAUACGCCUCCACCGGGACAUGCACAACAGGCCCACGGCCAUGCUCAACAUCCAUAUGCCCGGCAUUCCGACCCGUUCUCAUCUCCCAAUGUACAACGUGCGACAGGAAAGAAAACGACGCGUCCGGUGCACGAGGGUCCGACUGAGGCCGACCGAAUUAGCGGCGAAUCAACUUUCUGGAGAGUUGUGCAGGUAGUAGGCAUAGUGAUGUUGGUCGCCACGAUUGGCGGUGGUGUCAGUGCGAAUGCAAAUUGA